AUGCCUCUUCUCAAGUUCUAUACCAGCCCGGGCCAGUUGACUCCGGCCGAGAAACAAGACCUAGCUACGAUCUUUACAGCACAAUAUGCAAAAGCAAUGCCUGCAUUCUUCGUCGACAUUGUGUUCCAUGAGGUCCCCGAAGAUUCCUUUUUCCUCGGGGGGAAGAGAACAGAAGGCAAAUUCGUGAGGUUGACGAUGGAGCACAUCGCCAUCAACCUUGCCAAGGAAGGAGAGCGGGGAGAGCAGAUGACGAAGACGUUUUUGGGAUUCGUGGGGGAGGAGUUCAAGAAUCGGUUUGAGAGUAGGGGAUGGAGGUGGGAGUUCAAUAUUAUGGAUACGGAUAAGAAAUACUGGCGUCUGCAAGGGUUUGAGAUGCCGCCGCUUGAUAGCGAGGCUAUUAAAGUCUGGAAGACGGAACAGAAAGCUUCGGCAUGGCAGUAG